UUGAAUCUGGCAACCCUGCCUGCAGGCGCUGCAGGAAAAUGUCCUCCUACGGCAUGUGUGCAAGGACACUGAUUAGACAGUGUGGCCUAUCUGUUGAAGUAUUUCCAUUGCGAUUGUCAAGCAGAAGUAUAUAUGCAGGUCUACACUGCUCAAAACAUGACUCGACCAGUCACAGAAUAACCUCAAGCUCAGUGAUAUCACCUUUACCAACAAGUUGUGCCAAAAUAUUGAACUUCCAGAAUGGACUGCAACAGUGUCAGAUGAAUAGCAAAUCCUUACCAGAUAUGAAUUUUGUUCCUAGUUCACAAGUUCACAAAUUUUUACCAAAUACCGUUACCCAUAGUACAAACUUUGCCACUUUUGACAAGAUAAAUUUAAAUAUGUCUUGCCCAUGGAGCCACAAGUUUGGUGCUCUUUCUAGACAAUCAUCACUUGGUUUGUCAUCUAAGAUACUGAACCGAGUCAUAGUGGGUAGUUUGGCUCUUCCAAGUGGAAUGGCCCCAAAUAUUCGUCAUUUGUCACAAAGUAAAGGUGGCUUUACAAACAUUCAUAGUCGGAUAUCAGCCUUGCAAGCUAAGAAAAGAACACAGAGGAAGAAGAAAAAACAGCUGGCAGAUUCAGAGGAGGUAGAAGAGGCAGUGACAGGAUUUGCUCCCUUGGCUCGACACAAAUUUCUUACUUUCGAUCCAGAUUUUACUCUACCUGAGAUGCACAUGCACAACCCACCACCUCGUGAAUGGCAAGUAACAGCAUAUGCAACGGCAGAUGAGUAUGACCUUGAUAAGCUUCUUGAUGGGUUAACUCAGCAAGGACUCUACACUCGUGCCAGCAUUACACCAGGGACCCCGACUUCUCAGAUGACAAACCACACCACAUCUGGUAAUCCCCCACAGGCUUCCUCCAGUGUGUCAUCAUUAGUGCCUGAUGCAAAUGAUGUCUUGCAUGUGGUUGCUACUUAUCAACUAGAAUCAGAACAACGGGAGAUUUACUUCUUCAAAGAGGGUUCAGUUGUUUUCUGGAAUGUGGCAGAAUUGGAACGUGCAAAUGUUCUCAGGUUUUUAAAGAAAUAUGAAGAGGGGAAGUACAAUGAGCAGGUAGUGGAGGAGGAGAGUGAGAUCCUCGCUUACAGGUACAAUGAGGGACCAUCAAAGACAAGAUUAAUAAACGACAAAAUCAACCUGAACCCAGAGGGCCGGACAGACUUGGAGAAGUACACCUUUAGUAAUUCCAUGGCAAUGUCUGUUAAACUUGGGAUAUGGGAAUCAUCACUUGACAAAUACAUAGAUAAUAUUGAAUAUGUUUCAGAGGAGCUGAGCAAAACGGGGCAUGUGGUGCUGAGCCAGAACCAGGUGUUGCAGAGAAUGGGACAGCUAUUUGCCCUCCGUCAUCUCAUAAAUCUGAGCUCGGAUCUUUUGGAUGUGCCAGACUUCUACUGGGAUCAUGAAGAUUUGGAGCUACUUUAUAAAAGAGUUUCAGAUCACCUCAGUGUUUCCAAGCGUACCUCUGUGAUGAAUGUGAAACUCAACCACUGUAUAGAGCUGAUGGAGCUGCUUAAGAGCCACUUAAGUGAACAGCAUGCAUCCCGUCUUGAGUGGAUCAUUAUAAUUCUUAUCAUGGUUGAGGUUGCUUUUGAACUUUUGCAUUUCCUAGAACGCCUUUUCUGAGUUACCUAGUCAAAGGACAGAACAUGUCUUGAAAUGUUAUAUAACAGUAUAAUGUUAAUAAAAAAUCAAGAUAA